ACGGAAUGCAGCCAUAGUCGAGGAUAUUUCUAUCUCCCUCUCACCGCCAGUGUUUGUCAUUUUGUCAUCAAUACGCUGUCGCCGUUAUUUAUUUAUUUCAUCUGAAAAGCAACAGUUCGUGGAGUGUACGUCUCAACAGAUCAGAAGGGAUACGAAUAAGGUAAAAUCAUGAGUGUGGAGGCGUACGGGCCGAGCUCACAGACUCUAACGUUCCUCGACACGGAGGAAACCGAGCUGCUGGGAGCGGACACCCAGGGCUCCGAGUACGACUUUACCGAUUUCACCCUGCCGAGCCAGACCCAGACUCAAGGCCAAACCCAGAGCCAGCUGGAACACCAGGUAAAUGGCCCUGACGGUCUGCUACAGAACGGAGAUGAUCCUGUGGUGAAAGCCAGUCAGCUGCUGGCAGAGUUAAACUUUGAGGAGGAUGAAGAAGACACCUACUACACCAAGGAUCUACCUAUACAUGCCUGCAGUUACUGUGGCAUUCAUGACCCAGCUUGUGUGGUUUACUGCAACACCAGCAAGAAGUGGUUCUGUAACGGCCGUGGAAACACUUCCGGCAGCCAUAUAGUGAACCACCUGGUGCGAGCAAAGUCCAAGGAGGUGACCCUGCAUAAAGAUGGUCCCCUGGGGGAAACAGUUCUUGAGUGCUACAACUGUGGCUGUCGCAACGUCUUCCUCCUGGGCUUUAUCCCUGCUAAAGCUGACUCAGUAGUGGUGUUGCUGUGCAGGCAGCCAUGUGCCAGCCAGAGCAGCCUGAAGGACAUCAACUGGGACAGCUCACAGUGGCAGCCACUCAUCCAGGACCGCUGCUUCCUGUCCUGGCUUGUCAAGAUCCCAUCAGAGCAGGAGCAACUCCGUGCUCGUCAGAUCACCGCCCAACAGAUCAACAAGCUGGAGGAGCUCUGGAAGGAAAAUCCCACUGCGACUCUGGAGGACCUGGAGAAACCUGGUGUGGAUGAGGAGCCCCAACAUGUGCUGCUUCGCUACGAGGAUGCUUACCAGUACCAGAAUAUAUUUGGUCCCUUGGUGAAGCUGGAGGCUGACUAUGAUAAGAAACUCAAAGAGUCCCAGACUCAAGACAAUAUUACAGUCAGAUGGGACCUGGGGCUGAAUAAAAAGAGGAUUGCUUACUUUACUCUUCCCAAGACAGACUCAGACAUGCGACUGAUGCAGGGAGAUGAAAUUUGCCUGAGGUACAAAGGAGACCUGGCCCCUCCAUGGAAAGGCAUUGGACAUGUCAUCAAAGUCCCUGAUAACUAUGGUGAUGAAAUCGCCAUAGAGCUGAGGAGCAGUGCUGGGGCUCCAGUGGAAAUCCCUCACAACUUCCAGGUUGAUUUUGUUUGGAAAUCCACCUCCUUCGACAGAAUGCAGAGCGCCCUUAAGACCUUUGCUGUCGAUGAGACUUCAGUGUCUGGUUACAUCUACCACAAACUGCUUGGACACGAGGUCGAAGAUGUUGUCAUCAAGUGCCAGCUGCCCAAACGCUUUACAGCUCAGGGCCUGCCUGACCUGAACCACUCCCAGGUGUAUGCUGUGAAGACGGUGCUGCAGCGUCCUCUCAGUCUGAUCCAGGGUCCUCCUGGCACAGGGAAAACUGUGACCUCUGCCACCAUUGUCUAUCAUCUGGCUCGCCAGGGCAAUGGGCCGGUGCUGGUCUGUGCUCCCAGUAACAUUGCUGUCGACCAGCUGACAGAGAAGAUCCACCAGACUGGACUAAAGGUGGUGAGGCUGUGUGCAAAGAGCAGAGAAGCUAUUGAUUCGCCUGUGUCCUUCCUGGCUUUGCACAAUCAGACCCGCAACAUGGACAGUAUGCCUGAACUUCAGAAGCUCCAACAGCUGAAGGAUGAGACCGGAGAGCUGUCCUCCUCUGACGAGAAGCGAUACCGAGCUUUGAGACGCACAGCAGAGAGGGAGCUGCUAAUGAAUGCUGACGUGAUCUGCUGCACAUGUGUUGGUGCGGGUGAUCCUCGUCUGGCUAAGAUGCAAUUCCGCUCUAUCCUGAUUGAUGAGAGCACCCAGGCCACUGAACCAGAGUGCAUGGUGCCUGUAGUUCUCGGAGCAAAACAGUUGAUUCUGGUGGGUGAUCACUGCCAGCUGGGCCCUGUGGUGAUGUGUAAGAAGGCAGCUAAAGCUGGUCUGUCUCAGUCCCUGUUCGAGCGUCUGGUGGUUUUGGGGAUCCGGCCUAUCCGUCUGCAGGUUCAGUACCGCAUGCACCCAGCCCUCAGUGCCUUCCCCUCCAACAUCUUCUACGAGGGCUCUCUGCAGAACGGAGUCACUGCUGCGGACCGUAUGAAGAAAGGUUUUGACUUCCAGUGGCCACAGCCUGACAAGCCGAUGUUCUUUUAUGUCACUCAAGGCCAAGAGGAAAUUGCUAGCUCUGGAACAUCCUAUCUCAACAGGACUGAGGCAGCUAACGUGGAGAAAAUAACCACCAGGCUGCUUAAAGCUGGCGCAAAACCAGACCAGAUUGGCAUCAUUACGCCUUAUGAGGGACAGAGGUCCUACCUGGUCCAGUACAUGCAGUUCAGUGGCUCCCUUCACACCAAACUCUACCAGGAGGUGGAAAUAGCCAGUGUGGACGCCUUUCAAGGCAGAGAGAAGGACUUCAUCAUUCUGUCUUGCGUGAGGGCCAAUGAGCACCAAGGAAUCGGCUUCCUCAACGAUCCCAGACGUCUUAAUGUGGCGCUCACCAGGGCCAGAUAUGGUGUGAUUAUUGUGGGAAACCCAAAGGCCCUGUCCAAGCAACCGCUGUGGAACCACUUGUUGAACUACUACAAGGAGCAGAAGGUCCUUGUGGAAGGGCCUCUCAACAACCUGAGGGAGAGCCUCAUGCAAUUUAGCAAGCCACGCAAGCUGGUCAACACCAUCAACCCUGGUGGUCGAUUCAUGAGCACAGCCAUGUAUGAUGCUAGGGAGGCUCUCAUUCCUGGAUCUGUUUAUGACCGCAGCAGCAAUGGGCGGACGUCUAAUAUGUAUUUUCAGACCCAUGACCAGAUCGGUAUGAUUGGUACAGGACCCAAUCCAAUGACAUCCAUGAACAUCCCCAUCCCCUUCAACCUGGUCAUGCCCCCCAUACCUCCGCCAGGGUACAUGGGACAGGUCAAUGGACCAUCAGGAGGUCGUGGUGGAGGAAUGAAAGGAAAGGCAGGCGGUGGUGGAGGUGGGGCUCGGGGUGGCCGCCAAAGAAACCGGGGCAACAUGGGGAACCACAGUGGAGGAGAGCGUGGGCAGCAUGGCCACAUGAGCGGCAGCCAGGCCAGCCAGGACCUAGGCUCCCAGCCGUUCUCUCAGGGGCCUCUGACGCAGGGCUACAUCAACAUGAGCCAGCCGUCACAGAUGAGCCAGCCAGGGCUCUCCCAGCCUGAACUCUCACAGGACAGUUACCUUGGAGAUGAGUUCAAGUCCCAGAUUGAUGUGGCUCUGUCCCAGGAUUCCACCUAUCAGGGGGAGCGGGCCUACCAACACGGUGGUCUAACUGGACUGUCCCAGUACUAGACUGCUGCUGGAAGGAGCUAGGCCUAUGUGAAGCUUAGUUCAUUGGUAUUUUAAUCUGGGUAAUAACAAAAAAGAACAAACAAGGAUACCCGUUUUCCACUGCUACAACCGAAGCACCACUGUGUGAAAGUAACAGGAGAGAGACCGUGAGAAACCAACCAAUCACAAGAGUGAGAGCAAGAAAAGGGAGUAGAGCUGGACAGGAAACAAGCAAGAAACGAGAGAGAGAGAGAGAAGGCACUGCUGCUCACACGCGAAGACAUGGCGAAGGAGAAAAGCUGUUGUUGUCACAGCAGCGCAGUCUGACAGGCCAGACCUUGGACAGGUCUGGAAGGGUGGCUGGUCCAAAAGAUUCUGGAGAAGGGACAACCGUCACCUUGUCCCUUGUGUGUCCCUGAACCCUCGGGGACCUCCAGGCUGUGUGGUUGGAAGUCUUGCUCCAAAAGCUGAGAAAGAUGGAGAAGAGGUGUCUCACACAAAAAGUCCUCCAAGCUAAAUCAACAGGACGUCUUCUGUGACUUGGAGAGCGGGAGAGAGAAAACAAAAGAGGACGCAACUCUUUAAGCAGUUGAUGUGGGAACUUUUUUUAAACUCAAAGCUUGAAUUGAGGCUCUGCUUUUUGUCACAUUUAAGCAUCCAGGAGAGAAGAGUGAAACACUGUUUGGCUACUCAAGUGAACUCUGAAGUGCUUGUGUUGUUGUGCCUCAAAAUGUUCAAACGAAAUUUGAGGAUUAACUUAGCCACGGAUCAUUCACUUUUCUUUCUCAGCUUUGAGUUGGAAAGUUUUCUUGAUAAAAGCUGUUUUCAUUGAGGUUUUCAGUGAUGUAAGCUGGCGUAGUUGGCCGUCUUUCUCAAGGUGGUCUGCAAAAAACAAGUGGUGGACUUAAAAAACAUGUAAACAUAAAAAAACAUCUUUGUCUCCAGAUCUGAGGAGAUACACUUGAAGUUCAUAAUGUAGAGAGACAAGUUUGUAUUUGUUCUUCUACUUGUAUCUUUUGUAGUUGUGAAAGUGAACACCAUAACCAGCUUGAAACUGAAUGAAACAGUUGUUGUUUUCUGGUGACUUUUAAGCCACUAAAGAUAGCAGGCAGAUCAUCUUGUGCUUAUAUUGCUUAAUGCAUCAAUUAAGCCAAAUUAAGAGGGCACUAAUCCCAACAACCUUAGUCUACAGACAUACGUUAAAAAACAUCUAUACAUGAAAUUUUUAUUGUGGAAUUCUGAAGAAAUGAUGAGCUGUAGUUUUCAUGCCUGUGUGGUAUCGGACACAAGUACUCACUACACAGAAAUCUGAACCAGCAAUGCCCAGUCUGAAAACAAAUGAGUUGUAUUUGACUUUGGUGAAAUAAUUUUAUGUGGGAAAUCCCACUUAUUCCCAAUAACAGAUAAUGUUAUAAUAUUAAAUUUGACAUAAAGACAAAUUUAAAGCUCCUUUGGGGUGUUUUUAAACCGUUAGAAAAACUCUGAAAUUCAUACUUUUUUUCUCUUUGUGACAUUCAAAGGCAAAUAAAACCAUCCGCAUAAAGAUCAACUUAUUAUUUGAAGUUAUAUUUCUUGGCUGAUAAUGCUUCUGCAGGGUAGGUGUCAGAUGAAGGGCUAAAUAAUGUGCUGUUUGACAUUUUCCACCGUAGACAUGAGGGAUACCUAUCAGUUAAAAGAAAGCAGGAUAAGAUUUCUAUUAACAAAGAAAAAAAAAAGCUGAAAAAAUCAGCAGAGAUGAGGUGUGUCGCUUUCUCCAGAGGAAGCCCAAGAUCAACACAAACCAAAAGCUCCUCACUAGAGCUUUAAAUUGUUGAUAUGAUGAUUGUGGGGAACUGUUUAGUCGGAUCAGAGUUAAGUCAAGAGAACAUUUUUUUGCUUCCCCUUUUUUGUCUUUUGUUGUUCGAAAGUCUUGAAUGAAUAUAAAAAAAAGAAGCUGUCAUAAUUAGUAGUGCGUUUUAUCAGUGUAAAAUAAUUAGCUUGAUGUAAAAUUUGGUAAACAUUAGUAAACGUAACGUCUUAGUUUCAGUGCUCUGCAUGUGUUGACAACAACUUUGUUUUUCUGCAACCCACAAAACGGUAUGAUCAUCACUGACAUAAGCCUGGGUUGAGUCUGUUUAAUUUCUUUCAUGCUUUUAAGCACUCAGUGGCACAAGGCACUAGGGAUGUGCUCUUGAAACUGUUUCAAUGAUGGGGAUGUAGCAAUACACUCAGCUUUUGAUUCCUACCAUGUUACCGAGCCAUAAGAAUUUGACACGACUUUUUCAUUUUUUCCAAAUUUUACAAGAUUGAAGUAAAUAAAUGAAAUAUGAUUUUUCUAUUUCAGCUUGCCGGUUAAUAAAAUGCUAAUGCAUUUUUUCUUUAUGCAUGUGAGAAAUACUUUAUGAAUGUGAGAAAUACUUCUGAAUUUUGAGAUUUUAUAGUUACUAAUAAUGCGAUGCAUAUUUUCUUCUUCUUAUAAUUACACUGAUAAGUGAUUCUCCUUCAGCUGACGUCAAGCAAGGGAAGCAUAAUUUAGUCAAAUUGAUUCAAACUGUCAAUAUUUGUUUUGAUUUCUAAUUGUAUUGAGAGAUAUUGUUACAUCCCAAAUCACUAAUAACUAAUUUCAAGCAUUCAUGUUCCCACAACAAUGAACAAUUAACCUAGUUUCAUUUUUCCCCUUGUUGCUCCAGGUUUUCUGUAUUUCCCACAUCAGAUUAAUAUUUAAACCCUCUUUAUGUCUGAAUUCUCUGUAGGUUGCUCACUGCUCAGUAGGUUAUUUGUUUGUUCUCUAGAUGUGACAUCUUUAUUAGCUAGAUGCACCCAUUACCUCACAUUUUAAGUCUGAAAAUAUAAAACUUACCACUAAACCUUCCUCACACACUUCCCCAGAUGCAUGUCUAAAGACUAGAAGGUUAGUUUCUGAGUUGGAUUUGUUCCUCUGAUAUACUUUUGCUGUGCUGUCUUUUGUUUUGCUGUUUGAAACAGACUGAAAAUGAACUUUAGUUUCAGCCUCAUGGCUGCACUGUUUUGUUUUCUGCCCUCUGAUUGAUGUUUUAAAACUUUACACAAAGAUUCUCCUGUUGGUAAUCCUGGAAAAUUAAAGUUUGCUUCUUUUUGCUUCUUCAGCCUUA